GUGUUGCAAAGGAGGGUAUAUACUUUGGUCAAAGGUUUGGUAACACCGUUACCAAUAUAGAUACUGCACCAAAGAACAUUGAAGAUGAAACCACAAACGAAGGGUAUAUUAAUGAAAUGCUUUUUUAUGGGAAAGUUUGGGGCCUUGCACGUACUGCUGUAAACAAAUGCAUGUUACAUCGUGACCAUGAAUUUGUUACUGUUAAGGGAAGACCAAAAGCAGCAAGUCACAAGAAUGCUGCAAAAAUUACAUCACAAGAUAUAGGAAAUAAAAAGAAAUGUGGACAAUACACUUGCGGAUUUUGUAAAGAGCCAAGCCACAAUAUAGCAACUUGUCCAAAUAAGGUAGAGGA